AUGCUUGUAUACAAUAUCCUUCCAUCGGGGCUCCACGUAGGCCGGUCGAACAUUCGUCAAGUUGCUGAGCGUAGAUUCGCAGAUGUCCAGUCUUUCUUGACCUCCCUGUUUAGUUUGGCUGAUGAAAUUUCACAUUCGGACCUCGUGUAUACAUUUUUCCAUCCGCUACUGAGGGAUCAACAAGAUGUUGAACCGCAGAGACUUAGGAAGGGCGAGUCUGUGGAAGCGGAAUCAAGUGGUAGAGGUUCAUUGAAGCUGUCUGUUCAAUACGCGGCUGGAGUUUUAUCUGUUCUCAUACUACACGCUCAGUCGCUCGCCUCCUCACAGGGACAACCGCCUAACCCUUAUGUCAAGGUGUAUCUAGUACCGGAUCCAACCAAAGAAACGAAACGUAAGACUCGAGUUCUCAAACGUAACGCACACCCAUCCUUCAUGGAGAUGUUAGAAUAUCGCUUACCGCUCGACGUAGUCAAGAAUAGAAGCCUUCAAGCAACCGUCUGGCAUUACGACUCAUUACAGGAAAACGAAUUUCUAGGCGGGGUAGUUAUACCUCUGGGUUCAUUGAACCUUAGACAAGAAACAGUAUCCUGGUAUACAUUAGAAUAUAUCCCGAGAUAG